UACACAAUAAUCUUAAUCGCUGACUAUAUCUCAAGAGCUGUAUCGUUCAGUUUCCGGCUUCACAUUGAGUAGGAACAUCAUCUUCUGACCCAUCUUGUAACACCAACGAGCAAGGCUUACCCCGCGCGUUACAUUCCAAUUGAUACCGGGACUUGAGAAUACAACAAACACUCAUUCGUGUUCAAAAAUGACUGGAAACGGAUUCAUCCAAGAUGUCGUGAAGCUCAUCACCGUUCAGUCGGGGCUACCGAGUACAAACCCAACGGCACCGACCUGGCAGACUCCACCGCAUCCAGACGUAGCAAACGCACAGUCCCAUGCCUUGCCCUCAGAAACCGAUAUCGUCAUCAUUGGUUCUGGAAUCACCGGUAUCGGCGCCGCACACAGUCUCUUGAACCAUCCGAAAGGAACUGGUCUCAGGGUGACUAUGCUUGAGGCCCGCACGGCCGUAAGCGGAGCGACUGGGCGAAAUGGAGGACAUCUUGUCUCUGACAGCGAUUCUUUGUUUCCAGCUCUUGUCGACACAAUUGGCGUUGAGCGUGCGAUAGAGACUGUGCGGUUUAGCGAGGCGAACAUCCGUCGCCUAAAAGAGCUUAUCGUCCAGUUGAAUCCGGAGGAUAGAGAGGCUGUGGAAUUUCGCGAGGUGACAUCAGCAACAUCGUAUACUGAUCAAACUUCAUUUCGAGGCGCUAUUGAAGAAGUCAAGCAACUACUCAAAGCGGUGCCUGAUAUUGCACAAACAGGAGUCGCAGCCUUGUGGCCAUAUCGGCUUCUGACUGCAGUUUUAGCGUCUAUAAGAGAAGAGUUCUCAGGCCGCUUCACCCUCGAGACGAUGACGCCCGUUCUCUCGGUACAGUUCCAGGACGAUGCGAUGAAGUACCCAUACCUAGUGCGUACAUCAAGAGGAUCCAUUCGAGCUAAAAACAUCAUUCAUUGCACUAAUGGCUACUCAAGCAAUCUGAUUCCUGGCCUCGUUGGCAAUCUAUAUCCACUACGCGGGACUAUGUCUACGCAAAACCUUGGGCCAGCCUUUCCACGAGCUGGUCACGAGAUGUCUUGGUCCCAGGUUUCUCUUGGCACAUACGACGCAAAGACUGGACACAUUCAUUUGGGCUUAUACUACGCUCAACAGAAUGCAAAGACCGGGGUUAUGUUCCUCGGUGGCGAGUCCCAGAGCCUUCGUGGUCUUCUCACAAGCGAUGACUCGAAUGUUGCAGAUGAUGCUCGCCAAACCCUAACUUCUGCAGCCCCAAAGAUCUGGAAGGAUGCAGCUCCCGCAAAGGCAAGUAAUGUCUGGUCCGGAAUAAUGGGCUUCACGGCAGAUGGUAUGCCGAUUGUGGGAAAGCUUCCGCAUAAUCUCACGGGACGAAGUGGAAGUGGAGAGUGGAUUGCUGCGGGGUUUAAUGGGCAUGGGAUGGAUAAGUGCUGGCUUACUGGCGAAGCUAUCGCAAGGAUGGUGCUUGGGGAGACAGAUCUACCUGGAUUUCCCAAGGCAUACCUGUUGAGUGACGAUCGGAUGAAGAGUUGGUCACCUGAGGGAGCUGCUGAAACUCUGAUGGAUCAUAUCAUGGUGGGAAGCCAGGCUCCGACAAGCCAUCUUUAG